AGACCGCCUUUGAUCGCAUUUGGAAGAGUCUCUUGGCCUGAAUUAAAGUGCUUUGGAGUAACUUCUGAGUCCCAGCAACAUGAGUGAAGAAACUCGUAGAAGUCUCCUACGUGACUGCCUGGUUGAGCUCAGAUGCCACUUUACCUGGGAGUUGGUUAUAGAAAAUGUGGACAUGCCUGAUUUGGAAAUAAGAAUCUCAGAGACUGAGUUCCUUGAUACCAACUAUAGCAUCGGGAUGCACAACCUCCAGGCCUACCUGAGCCACCUGAAAGGCCAGCAGGACCAAGCCCUGCAGAGCUUGAAAGAAGCUGAAGCCUUGAUCCAGAGAGAGCAGUUGGGCAAGAGAAGCCUGGUGACCUGGGGCAACUGUGCCUGGGUGCAUUACCACAGGGGCAGCUUGGAUGAAACCCAGAUCUACCUGGACAAGGUGAAGAAGGUUUGCAAGGAAUUUGCAAGUCCCUUCUGCUACAGGAUAGAGUGUGCUGAGAUGGACUGUGAGGAAGGCUGGGCCUUGCUGAAGUGUGGAAAACAAUAUUAUAAACGAGCCCUGGACUGCUUUGCAAGGGCUCUGGAAGAGGAGCCAGACAACCCUGAGUUCAACACUGGCUAUGCAGUGGUAGCCUAUCGCCUGGAUCACAAUGAGGGCACUUCUCUGGAACCUCUAAGGAAGGCUGUCAGCUUAAAACCAGAAGAUCCAUACACUAAAGUUCUCCUUGCCUUAAAGCUUCAGGAUUUAGGAAAAGCAGAUGAAGCAGAAAUACACAUUGAAGAAGCUCUGCCCAGAAUAUCCCAGAACUAUAUCUUUGGAUAUGUAGCCAAAUUUUACCGAAGGAAAGGUUUUGUGGAAGAAGCUCUUAACUUCUUUGAAAGAGCCUUGCAGACGAAUCCUUUAUCCACCUACUUGCAUUUCCAGAUUGGUCUUUGCCAUCAGAGACAACUGUUUCAAAUAAAGGAAGCUGCAAACAUGCAUCCUAGAGGGAAAGAUAGAGAAAGAGCAGACCAAUCCAUUCAUUUGGCUAUACGUUAUUUUGAAAAGACUUUAGAACUGAAACCCACAUAUGAGAUAGCUUAUGUUAAUCUGGCCGAAAUGUACUCAGAGAUUGGUCAACUUGAAAAGGCAGAGAAAAUUUUUCAGAAAGUGUUGAGCAUGAGUAACUUGGAAGAGCAUAUGCAGCAAGAGAUCCAUUUACGCUAUGGCCGCUUCCAACAAUUCCAUGUCAAAUCAGAACAGAGAGCCAUCACCCACUACUUAAAAGGCCUGAAAAUAGAGGCAACUUCUCACUCCAGGGAUAAACUGCUCAAGGCUUUGGAGAAGCUAGUUGAAAGACGAAUUCACCAGAAUAGUCGUGUCCUGGAAAGCUGGAGCCUCCUUGGUUUUGUCUACAAGCUGAAAGGGGACACAAGUGAAGCCUUGUCAUGCUAUGAGAAGGCCCUGAGGCUCACAGGAAAACUGAACCCAGAGUUUUGAGUUAUGGGUCAUUAAGUCGCUUAUUAAGUAUGGACAUGACUCCCUAUUUCUAACAUUACUAGGGGAAAAUAGCUCAAGCUACCUCUGGUCUCACAGAAUGAAGUGGUAUAACUUCUAGCCAGCAUAUUCUAGAGGGUCCUGCUCAGACCUGCUUAGAUUGGUGGCUCUAGAUGCAGCCAAACAGAAACACAGCAAAGCCUUUUGUUCAUUAAAGUUCUGGGCAGGUCAGCUUUCUGGUCAACCACACUCAGAACUAAUACUGAUCCUCUCAGAGGCCCAUUCCAUAGGAAGGAGUAGGCUAAUGUCGUUCCUUUUAUUCCUUGUGAUUCCAACCCGGACCUUGCUAAACAUUUGUAACCCUUGGAGCUCAGGGCAGAGAAGACUGUAUUUUUUUUUUUCUUAGCUUUCACAGUAACUAAUAAUAUCUGCCUUCCCUCUGCCAUCAGUGCUUCUGUCUUUCCCUGAUUGGUAUUUGUCAGGAAUGUUAGCCCUUCCUCUCAGUUCUCUCUGUCUUCCAGUGGCAGUUGUAGUUUCAGCUUUAAAACAUUACGUUUAGUAUGAUUACUUUUUACUUACCAUAAAAUGCACUUAUUAAAGAUUUAUGCACCCUGAGUCUCAACAAUUGUUUAUAUCCAUGUGCCCACAUAUACUCCUUAUAGGUUAUCUCUGACAUCCCUGAGAUGCCUGUGUGCAUCUUUAUCCUCUAUCCUUACCAUCUCUAGGUAACCAUUGUUCUGCUUCCAUGGUUACACAUUAGGAAGAGUUUGUAUUUUGAGUGAGGAUCGUUUUCUGCUUGCCUUGCAGGCUUUCACAGUAGCAAAAGUAUUCUUUAAAUUUGGAGAUUUGAUUGCAUAUGAGAAAUAAAAAGAAAACCCAAAAGAGCAAAAUUCCUGCUCAUCUGUAAGAAUUGUUUCUUGUACUUCAAUUACGAAGUGAUCAAACAUUUCAGACACAUGAAGUGAGCUUGCAGUACUGAUCCCAACUGGCACACUACCUGCUGGCAAAGAAAUUGAUACUUUGAAAAACCACACCCACACACCCAGAGAAACACACAGACAAACAUACACAUACUGCAUACACACAAACACACAGAUACACAUACACAGAGAGACACAUAUACAGAGAUACAGACAUACUCACACAGACAUAGACAUACACACAGAGAGAGACAAACAUACACACACAUACAAAAGACACACACAGAGAAAGACACACACACAGAGAAAGAAACAAACACACACACAGAGAGAGAGAGAGAGAGAGAGAGAGAGAGAGAGAGAGAGAGAGACAAACACACACAGAGACCAGCUUCCAGUGUCUUGAUCCCUUUGAAUAAAACACUAGAAAAGCCCAGAAAGUUUUGUUCCUCUAGUACUAGCUCAAAGUCAAACUUUGUGCUUGAGUGGAUCUAACUGUAAAUCUUCUCCAGGGCCGUCCAGUGAGCAGUUUUAGAAACCGGAGAAAUAUGCACAUGCACACAGACAAAUAAUAAUCAAAGGUCCACUCAAUAAAAGUCACACUAAUUCAGCUGUGUUGAAUCCACAAGCAACCAGACAACUUGAGACACUUCUGUGCAGUGAGCAGCUCAGUUUAUCCUUUAAGGUGGAGAACCAGAGAUUGCACUGACCUCAUGAUGGUGAUGUUUCUGUGCUGCAGUGACAAGCUGGGUGUGGGCUGAACAGUUCAGAAAUCUCAGUCCACUGUAGGUGGACACUCAGAGGAUUAUAUAAGGGUCAGUGGGGGGAGCGAUGCAUCAGCUGCUGCUCUGCUGCUUCUAAGGACUCACAUUUGUGAAAGGGAAGAGGAAACUAGCAACUGAAACAGACUUAAAGUCAACCAGAAGAGGAAAAGGAAACUUACUGCUGAGAUCUUCUAAGUCCUGGCCACAGCUUUGUGAAAGCUCUUGACUCUGAGUCUGUGGAGUGAGUCAGAGGGUGGGGAGGCAUUUCCUGGGAGGAAAAGAGUGUUUUCCACAAAGUCUCUAGAAAUUCUGUCAGAGGUUGCUGGGGCCCCAUGAAAGAAACUAUUCUAAAAUAUCUUGAAAGAAACAAUAGGACGGGCGGUUGUGGCGCAUGCCUUUAAUCCCAGCACUUGGGAGGCAGAGGCAGGAGGAUUUCUGAGUUCAAGGCCAGCCUGGUCUACAGAGUGAGUUCCAGGACAGCCAGGGCUACACAGAAAAAUCCUGUCUUG